AUGGAUAAUCACAAGCAAAAGAGCAUCAAUUUUGAAACAUUCGUUUGGAGAAUCGAGAAUUUUUCGAAACAAAACACCAAGAAUCUUCGAUCCCAGUCUUUCCGAAUAGGAGGUUAUAAAUGGAGGAUUCUGUUGCAUCCAUUAACGAAAAAUGUGGAGCAUUUUUCAGUAUAUUUGAUGGUUGCGGAUUCUUUACCAGCUUAUGGAUGGAGCAGAAAAGCACAUUUCAAAUUGGUUCUUGUUAAUCAAAAAGAUGAUAACAAGUCGGUUGUAAAAGAGACUCAUCAGAAGUUCAACGGUGGAUAUCGUAGUUGGGGUUCAUUCUUUGUGAAUCUACGUGAUUUCCAUGAUACAAAACAAGGCUAUCUUGUGAACAACACAUGCAUCAUUGAAGCUCAUAUCAAUGUUCAAGUUUCAUCAUAUAGAGAAUCCUCAAAACAAGAAGAUGUCAAUGAAACAUCAGAUGAAAGUAGUACAAUAGGAUCAUUUGAUUCCAAUGAAACAGAAACAUCAGAUUUGACACUAAGAGACCUCUUAGAUUUGGAGAGUUUAAGAGAUGAAGAAGCAAUCUAUGUUCCAUUGUUAGAGGAAGCAUGUGUUUGGCAUCCUUCUUUGAUAAGAAGCCAGAGUAAAAGAACUCAAAGAUUCAAAUCAUGGGCGUUCUCAUCUUUAGGUCAAGUUUUGCAUAUAUUAAAGACAAGUAAAGUGGAGGAUAUGAAUGAAGAAGUGAGCAACAACCUUAGAGGUUUAUGGGAGGAACUUGUUACGGCUUCUGGAUUUAACCUAGAUUGGUUGGAACCUUAUGUUGAAUCUGCAUUGAGUAUGACAAAACAUUUGGAGAAGACAUUGAAAGUGAAUAAAUUGAAGGGAAGGAUUGUUGAUUUAGAGACUAAAAUGAAGAAGCUUAGAGGAGAAUUGGCUGAGGCAGAAGUUGAGUUUGAGGAAACAAAGAAAGUCUUGAAUGAGUUAAGCAAAGGUUACAUAGAGAUUGAUUUGAAUGCUGAUUUAUCUUACAAUGUUUUCUAG